GGGAUAUGUAUAUUACGUAAAACCAUCAUUGAAGAUGAGCACUUCUUGAACGAGCAGUCAUAUAUUUGUUUUUUUAAAUAUGAAAGAGUUUUUCAAUUGGCGACUCGUACCGUCAGCCAUAUUUUGCAGCAUUGUAAUAAUUCUUUACAUGUUGGUUGCAUAUGGAGACAGUGUUUAUCCAAUUUCAAUAAUUAAUUUGGACAUAUCAGAAAAGUCCAACACAAAUGGAACAAAUAUUUCUACAAAAUAUUACACCACUCAGGAGACAACAUACAUAAAAACCGAGUCGUUUGUGAGCACAGUAUUUGUGAACACAACAACUAACAGAAAUAUUGAAAAUGUUCUUUCAAACAGAAGUGUUCCGAGCCUCACAGACGCCGAAUUGAAACAGAUCAAAAGAACCUGGUAUAAUUCUCCUAUUGUAGUAAUGAAAUAUAAAUUGAUAUUCUUUUGGAACGAAAAAUCAGGCUGCAGUUUCUGGAAAAGUCUCCUUCAAUUUAUACAGGGAUUGAAACAUGAUGAUAUGCAUAAUCCUUAUGUAAAUGGACUGAAUUAUCUUAUUAACUUUGAUGAUAAAGAUAUUAUAUCGAUGAUGUUUAAUGAUUCCUGGACGAAAGCAGUAUUUGUGAGAGAACCUAGAGAGCGGAUAUUAUCAUCUUAUCUAGAUAAAGGUUUGAACGAGGGCUUUAUAAUGGUCAAUUGUAAUCGUACCGUGGAAACAUUUUCGGAAUUUUUAGAACUUGCAAAACAAUGUCCCAAUGCACAUUGGGAAUCACAGGUAAGGGCGCCAAAGUAUUUCUAUAAAAACAUGAUGAUUGGGAAAAUGGCAGAUAUAUCUACCUUCACAGAAAUGUUGUUAACAAAAAUCGGAGCAUGGAAUGAAACAGUGAAGUGUUGGCUCGAUUCUAAAGAUAGUGAAAAAAAAUCGCGGUCACAUGCUCAAAACGCAGGGGAUAAAUUGUUACAAUAUUACAACAAUACGAAAUUACAAGAUGUGAUUUUUGAAAUGUUCGAAGAUGAUUAUAAUGUGUUUAAAUUUGAAAGGACAUACUUUGAUUUCAACAACUAUGUCGACAAGGUGGUAAAGACUGUAAUAUCUUGAUUCCUUCUCAUAACGUGAUAGAUACAAUAUAUAUACACUACAAAUGAUGUAUAAAUAAUACAAAUUAAAAUACAGUUUACCA